CUAAACUCAUUGACUGUCGUGGCCACUUCCCAAUCAUUCUAUAUUUAGCUAUUCAUUUCACAUAGACAGUUUUUAGUGAUGUUGUAUGUAACAAGCCUGUAUGGUAAUCUAGCUAAUCAUGCUGCUAACUGCAUGCUAAUAAUGGCGCUGGUAGGUGGCAUGCUCUCUCAACAUGUCUUGUCUGGCACACUGUGAGUGAGCUAUGCUCACUAAAUGCUUUAUUUUCUUGACAGCAUGUCUUUGUGUGACGACACACUACUCUGCAACUACCCUAAGUGUAGGUCCAAGCUGUGCGGGUUCGCAUGGGUAACGGCCUGCUCGCAUGCUUUCUGUGACCAGCACGGAUCAGGAGAGUUCAGCCGUUCCCCUGCCAUUUGCCCGGCCUGUUCGUCUGCCCUGUCUGGAAAGAUGGACAUUGUGCGCACCGAGUUGUCGCCGUCUGAGGAGUACAAGGCCAUGGUGCUCGCGGGUCUGAGGCCCGAAACGGUGCUGGACAUAAGUGCCCGGGCACUGGCCUUCUGGACCUACCAGGUGCACCAGGAGCGUAUGUUCCAGGAGUACAGUCUGUCUCGUGCAGAGAGUCAGGUGAAACAAAUGGAGAAGGUGCUCACCCAGCAGAACCAGAACAGAGAGCUGGAGCUCAACGCCAUGAGAGGGGAGGUUGCCUCACUUAAGAAGGUGAUGGACGAGUACAAGAGGAAAUACAGCGAGGUGUCGGAGCGUCUGAUGGAGAGGAACAGGCAGUACCAGAAACUGCAGGGCCUCUAUGACUCCCUCAGGCUGCGUAACAUGGUGGUGGGGGACAGAGAGGCGCCCCGUCAGGCCGCACCGCCCGAAUUCACCACAGGGGUGAUCAGACAGCCUUCUCCCAGAGGGAGUCCUUCUUUCCUGGCCACAGGCCCUGAUGGGGACAGCCGCCUCUUUUCUUCUCUGGAGCCAGACACUGGAGGAAAGACCUUCUUCCAGUUUAGCUCACCUGCCAGGGACAAGGGCCGCACCUUAUUCAAGAAAUACUGAGACCAUAGAAUAACAACAAAUAGAAUCAUUCCGGUUCUAUUCAUUAUUAACUUUGAUAGGCUGGUCAGUUAGGAACAAGCUAUAGUGAAAAUUACAGCCUGCUGUAAAUCCAUAGGAGAAAAUGUUGGUUAGAAACCUGGCUGUUUUAGAACAUCUUUACCAUAGAUUUACGUGUUAGUCUGUAUUGGGGAUCUUUUCAUAUUCAUGUUGUAGUUCAGUAGUUGGACAUUUGUUGAGUGAAGUUGAAAGUGUCUUGGAUGCAAUCUCUUGAACUUAAUAAAACACAGUACAGCUUUGUAAGUUAGAUCAGUGAGAUCAUUCUGCAAAAUAAGAUGAUCUUUUUCAAUAUUGAAAGACCAGAAGUAGUGGUUAA